AUGUAUUGCGUAUUGGAUCUCAAUUUGGGGAUAUUUCUGGCGUGGGAAAUGUAUGGAGAAUUGUGCCUUUGUCAACUAGUCUACCACGAAAAAGCUGUGUUGAUAGAGCGAGGCCCGCAACAGCAGUGGCGCGUCUAUUUUUACCAGCUGGCUCUGACCAAAUCAUUUACACAUAUCACGGGAAAUCUAAUCCCAACCCAAAUUGGAGAGCUCGUUGAAGAAGAAGGAUUAGGAGAUGGACUCAGGGCUAUCUUAAGCUAUGUAGAGACCUGUGGUGGAACACCGGUGUCGGCGGCUGAAGGCACCCGAGGCCAAAGCAAAAUCUGGGACCCUAUUUUGCCGGUGGGAAAAAUUGAAGAACAAUUGGAUUGCGGAAAGCUUGUGAUUUUGCAUCAACUCUUUUGA